AUGUCAAAGACCAGCAGCUCACAGGUGAUAACAUGCAAAGCGGCAAUCUGCUGGAGAGCAGAAGAGUCAGUGACUGUGGAAGAGAUAGAAAUAGAACCACCACAAUCUUUCGAAAUUCGUGUUAAAAUGUUGUACGCUAGUUUAUGCCAUACUGAUAUUAUAUGUGCUAAAGGAUUCCCUAUUCCUCUUUUUCCUCGAGUCCUCGGCCAUGAAGAUGUCGGCAUGGGGGAAGGAGUAGAGGAUCUUGAAGAGGGAGACCUUGUGAUUCCAACCUUCAUUGGGGAGUGCCAAGAAUGUGAGAAUUGCAAAUCUGGGAAGACCAAUUUAUGCUUAAAGUACCCAUUAAUCCUCAAUGGGCUAAUGCCUGAUGGCACUUCAAGAAUGUCCAUUAAUGGACAAAAAUUGUAUCACCUUAUGACAUGCUCAACAUGGUCUGAAUACAUGGUGAUAAAUGCUAAUUAUGUUGUCAAGAUCAAUCCAAGCAUUGAUCUUCCUCAUGCAAGCUUCCUUUCAUGUGGAUUCUCCACUGGAUUUGGGUUAGCUUGGAGGGAAGCAAAUGUUGAGGAAGGAUCAAGUGUUGCUGCCAUAGAGGGAGCUACAAAGCAAGGGGCGAGUAAAAUAAUUGGAAUAGACAAAAAUGAGAAGAAAAUAGAGAAAGGGGAAGCUUUUGGAAUGACUGAUUUUAUAAACCCAGAUGGGAAUUCCCAAAAACCUAUUUCAGAAUUGAUAAAAGACUCGACAGGUGGAAUGGGUGUGGAUUAUUGCCUUGAGUGCACCGGUGUUGGACCCUUGAUCAAUGAAGCCCUCCUAGCAACAAAACCAGGAAAAGGAGAAACAUUAGUAGCUGGUGUAGGAACUGAGUUUACUGUGCCCAUCAACUUCCUACCUCUUUUGUUUGGUGGGACUUUGAAGGGUUCUAUUUUUGGAGGGCUCAAAAUUAAAUCUGAUCUUCCCAUUUUGCUUGACAAAUGCAAAGAUAAGGAAUUCUCUCUUGAUGAGCUUUUGACCCAUCAAGUUACAUUGGAAGAUAUAAACAAAGCUUUUGAGCUACUGAAGCAACCAGAUUGUGUCAAGGAUACAACAACAGUUGGCCUUGCAAAGGUCAAUAGUGAAUACAAGGAUUUGGAUAUUGCCAUUGUAAAGGCUACCAAUCAUGUUGAAUGCCCUCCUAAGGAACGUCAUGUUAGAAAAAUAUUUUCGGCAACAUCAGUAAUAAGACCUCGAGCGGAUGUAGCAUACUGCAUUCAUGCAAUUUCUAGGAGAUUAGCCAAGACGCGGAAUUGGAUUGUUGCGAUCAAGACAUUGAUAGUCAUUCACAGGACAUUAAGAGAGGGCGAUCCUACAUUCCGAGAGGAGCUCUUGAACUACUCGCGUAGAGGAAAUAUUCUCCAAAUAUCCAAUUUCAAAGAUGACUCUAGUCCGCUGGCAUGGGAUUGCUCCGCAUGGGUUCGUACUUAUGCUCUUUUUCUAGAGGAAAGAUUAGAGUGUUUUAGGACUUUGAAAUACGACAUUGAGGCCGAGCGUUUGACAAAGGCGUCACCUGCGGCAACCAAGGUGCAUAGUAAAACACGGCUUUUGAAUGGAGAGGAUCUGUUGGAUCAGCUACCUGCAUUGCAGCAGCUUCUUUAUCGGCUCAUUGGUUGCCAGGCAAGGCCUGAAGGUGGAGCUUAUAACAAUUAUCUUGUACAGUAUGCCUUGGCCCUGGUCUUGAAGGAGAGCUUUAAAAUCUAUUGCGCAAUCAAUGAUGGGAUCAUCAAUCUUGUGGACAUGUUUUUUGAAAUGACGAAACACGAUGCAGUCAAAGCUCUUAAUAUAUACAAAAGAGCUGGCCAACAGGCCGAAAAUCUUGCUGAAUUUUAUGAAUAUUGCAAAGGCUUGGAGCUUGCAAGGAACUUUCAGUUUCCAACACUGAGACAGCCCCCUCCAACUUUUCUGGCAACAAUGGAAGAAUAUGUUAAGGAAGCACCGCAGUCGGGUUCUGUCCACAAGAGACUGGAGUAUACAGACAAUGAGCCCGAGAAACCUUCAGAACCUUCAGAACCUGCAGAACAAGUUGAAAAAGUUGAUGAUGAGGAAACACUUAUAGAUAUGGAGGAGGAAACUAAGCCCGAGGAAGGGGUGGAAGAACCUCCAUUAAUAUCAACCGAUGCUACUGGGGAUUUGCUGGGUCUGAACGAAAUAAAUCCAAAGGCUGCAGAGCUAGAGGAAAGCAAUGCAUUGGCUCUUGCAAUUGUUCCACCUGGUGUUGAUCCUUUCUCUUCAUCAAAUGCUUUGAGUGAACUUGGCAAGCCAAAUGCAACAGGUUGGGAGCUAGCACUUGUUACCACUCCAAGCAACCCAACUAGCCAACCAGCACAAAGCAAAAUGGGUGGUGGUUUUGACCGGCUAUUACUUGAUAGCCUAUAUGAAGAUGAUAUUGCAAGGAGGCAAAUACAGUUGCAAAAUGCAGGGUAUGGAUACGGAACUUCGGCUUUGCACAAUCCAUUUGAACAGCAGGAGGAUCCAUUUGCAACAUCCCACGGCAUAGCACCCCCACCAAAUGUGCAGAUGGUGAUGAUGGCUCAGCAACAGCAGCAGUACCAACAGCAGCAAAUGAUGAUGCAACAGCACCAACAACAAAACCAGUCGAUGAUGUACUGGACUGGUGCACGGUGGAGAUGCAACCCUGAUAGAGUUCAAAAUCCUGGUAAUGCAGGUGCCGGUGGUGUUAUUCACGAUCAUCAUGGUGAUAAUCAGUAUCGCGACACAAGGGAUUGCAUCAGUCAACUCCCGGAUGAACUUCUUGAAUAG